CCUCGGUUCCCAUUAGCAACCGUAGGCUUCUAAACAACCCGCCCUCGCUCCCCAUACUCUGCGGCCCAACUUCCUUCGGCGACCCCGGGCCUGGCGAGGCUGAGCCUGGCCUCUCCCACUUCUCUAGGCCGCUGACUCCCGCAGGCCCGCCGCCAUGGCAGAGUUGGGGCUCAAUGAACACCAUCAAAAUGAAGUCAUUAAUUAUAUGCGUUUUGCUCGUUCAAAAAGAGGCUUGAGACUCAAAACUGUGGAUUCCUGCUUCCAAGACCUCAAGGAGAGCAGGCUGGUGGAGGAGACCUUCACCAUAGAUGAAGUCUCCGAAGUCCUGAAUGGGUUACAGGCUGUGGUCCACAGCGAGGUGGAGUCUGAGCUCAUCAACACGGCCUACACCAACGUGCUCCUUCUGCGCCAGCUCUUCUCACAAGCUGAGAAGUGGUACCUCAAGCUACAGACAGACAUUUCUGAACUUGAAAACAGAGAAUUAUUAGAACAAGUUGCAGAAUUUGAAAAGGCAGAAUUUACAUCUUCAAAUAAAAAGCCCAUCAUAGAUAACAUAAAGCCAAAACUUGCUCCACUUAACGAAGGUGGAACAGCAGAACUUCUAAACAAGGAAAUUUUAAGACUUCAAGAAGAGAAUGAGAAAUUAAAGUCAAGGCUGAAGACCAUUGAAACACAGGCAACAAAUGCAUUGGAUGAGAAGUCGAAACUAGAAAGAGCACUGCAAGAUUUACAGCUUGAUCAAGGAAAUCAAAAGGAUUUUGUAAAAGCCCAGGAUUUGAGUGACUUGGAAAACACAGUUGCUGCUUUAAAGAGUGAGUUUCAGAAGACACUUAACAACCAGACGGAAAACCAGAAGUCACUGGAGGAGAAUCUGGCCAUGGCCAAGCACGACCUCCUCAGGGUUCAGGAGCAGCUGAGCAUGGCUGAAAAGGAAUUAGAGAAGAAAUUCCAACAAACAGCAGCUUAUCGAAACAUGAAAGAAAUGCUUACAAAGAAGAAUGACCAAAUCAAAGACCUGAGAAAAAGAUUGGCAAAAUACGAACCUGAAGAUUAAAAACUGAAGGUUUUGUCUAGAAGCUGCCACAGCGUGAAAGUACGGGCUGUUUCCCAGCUCAGGCAUGUAUUUGAAGCAGUUUGUUAUAAUCCCUCUCUUUUAUUUUUCUAAGAUUUAGACUUUGCUUCUAAUAUUUAGGACUGGAGUUCCUAUCUAAGUUACCUAACUGAAAAGAGAGAAACCUGUUGAAUCAUUCUGGCCGGUUGUCCCUAACUCCUCUCUGCCGAGUGCCCCAGAGUCUUAGUUCAAAUGCAGUGGGAGUUCUCUAUAGUAAAGAAGAGGCUUUUAGAGUGGGAAGAAGGUUUUCCUUUUGCAUUAGUAUAAGGAGUAUGCUUUUUCAAUAAAUGUUAAAGCUAGCGUCUAUAUUUGUGCGUUCCCAGAGUAAAAAUAAAUAUAGAACUAUUAAAGAUAGUUAUUACAAAUAAACCUUAUUUUUUAAAAUGGAA